GAACAGAGGUAGUCGUAUCUACACAUCUGCUGGGACAAUGAAAUGGCAAACCAAUUUUGAGACUGAAAAUUUUGAAUGAAGACAUCGUGUGGAAGUUAAAAUCAGCUGGGUAAUGAUGCUUUUACCACUGACGGAAGGCGACUUCGCUUUCUAGACUUUUCAGUCGACUAAUCGUAAGUCGACUUACAAAUCCCUAUUACUCUCGCCAAUUGUCAACAGCUGUUUCAAUCACAUUGGGGCCCGGCAGAGAAAAACUUCUAAAGGAGGAAUUAUCCAACAGAUUUCUUUCGAAACGAACAUUUUGUAUUAAAAUAUCGAAUAAAUAAAGUCUAUAUGAUUUCAACAAGUCUCGCAUUAAGGCAUAAUUCGGCCAAAUUAAACAAAUUGUGCUGUCAAGUGGAUAGAACAAAAUGUUUGAAGAAUUUUGCAACGACAGCUAUAGCUGCACAGCGACAUGGUUCUUCGUCUGGCGAUUCUAGUCAAAAUAACCCAGAGGAGAGACCGGUUUUGGGGCAGAAGAACAAUGCGCUUCAAAGGUCACAACAAUUGAUGGUGGUACGUUCCUUUAGCAGCAACAAAGAUGCAAAAGCACAAGACAAAGAAAAAAGGCCUCCAACAUCGACGGACUUGGAUCAUGCCUAUGGUGUGCUGAGAGAGUCAUUACCGAAACUUUUUAUCCAGCCUUUGGAUUAUUCCAUUUAUGAUCCAAAUUUGGAAUUUCAAAAUAACAUCACCGGCAAACAUACUGUGGGACUUUAUCACUAUGUGAAACAGAUAGCCCUGUUGCGUACGGUGGGUCACUUGAAGUAUGCCUAUGUUAAGUUUGAAGUACUAAAGAUUACCAAACAUCCGGAGGACUUUUCCAUUAAGAUACGCUGGCGUGUACGUGGUAUUUCCGGCCUAAAGGUUAUGUUGAACUUUUGGAAAUACAAACUUUGGGACAUCAAGGGCAUCUUUGAAAAUCAGGAAGCCUGGUAUGAUGGAUUCUCCAUACUGUAUUUGGGUGAUAACGGUCUAAUCUAUAAACACAUUGUGGACAAAGUAAUGCCCGAUCAGAAUACUGAGUUGGAUGAAAGACCCAAUGUCGUGGAGCCAAGUGGUAUGGCUGUAUCAUCGAAAAUUGGCUUUUCGGCAAAUGCCAAAGUAGCCGCAGCUGCUGCUGCAGUCGCCUCAGCAAAAGCGAAAAAGAAGUAAUGAUGUGGAAGUAGCAGUUGUGUGUAAAUUUUGUUAUGUUGUUUUCUCUCACUGCUAUUCUAGUGUAUAAUAAUAUAAGAAUUAUGCUUUUGAAGUAUAUACAUAUAA